CAAGAGGCAAGAUGGCGACAGGUGGCAGAGCAGCGGAGGAUCUGCAGCGGGGCCUUCUGCAGAUGCCGCUCCCCCCGCAGCCUAUGGCCCAGCCUGAGGAAGCCCAGGGCACAGGAGAGAAGAUGGGCUGGGCGCAGGUAGUAAAGAACCUGGCGGAGAAGAAGCGCGACUUCCGUGAGCAGUGGCGGGGAGAAGAAAGGGGCAGAGGUGCGGGUGGCAGGCUGGGCAGCCCCGCGGGCCUGGCCGCUCCGAACCCCGGCAACUUCCCACCUGCCGGCCGCGGAGACCCAAGGGGCUGCAGUAGAGACCCUGCGGGCUACGCGGCAGAAGCUUGCAGGAUGAAGGGAGCUGGAGACGCGAAUCAGAGGAAGAUGGCCCAGGUGGCGGUGGCUGCCGCGGCGGCGGCUAUGGCGUCCCCUGCCAGGCCUGGUGCGACCAAAGAAGCCACUGCAGGGCGCCCACUCCAGGAUGAGCCUCCAGCCGCCAGGCCGGGUAAGGGCCGCUUCCUUGUGCGCAUCUGUUUCCAGGGAGAAGAGAGUGCCUGUCCGACCCGGGAUUUCGUGGUGGGCGCGCUCAUCCUGCGCUCUGUCGGCAUGGAUCCUGGGGACAUCUAUGCUGUCAUCCAGAUCCCUGGCAGCUGCGAGUUCGAUGUGAGCUUCAGAUCCGCAGACAAGCUUGCCCGGUUUCUCCGCAGCUAUGAGGAAAAGCGGGAGCUGGACGACUGCUGGGAGAACUUUGUGGUGUUGGGGCGGAGCAAGUCCAGCUUGAAGACCCUCUUCAUCCUCUUCCAGAAUGAGACCGUGAAUGUGGAGGAUAUUGUGACCUGGCUCAAGCGCCACUGUGAUGUGCUGGCCUUGCCAAUGAAAGUGACUGACAGGUUUGGGAUCUGGACUGGGGAGUACAAGUGCGAGAUCGAGCUGCGCCAGGGGGAGGGCGGACUGAGGCACCUGCCUGGAGCCUUCUUCUUGGGAACAGAGAGGGGCUACAGUUGGUACAAGGGGCAGCCCAAGACGUGCUUCAAAUGUGGUUCUCAGAACCACAUGACCGGCACCUGCAAUCAGGACAGGUGUUACAGGUGUGGGGAAGAAGGGCACAAGAGCCCUUACUGCCGGAAGAUCAUCAUGUGCAACCUCUGUGGCAAGAGAGGACACGUGUUUGCCCAGUGUCCCAAAGCAGCUCAAAAUUCCGUGGCAGAUCACCUCACAGGCGUGGCGGGGCACUGAAUGUGUGGCUGCCUGCCGAGGUGAACACACAGCCAUCUUACCCUUCUUAAGUGCCAAAACUUUUUUUUUUUUUUAAGACCAUUUUUCUCUUUUUCGACGGAGAUAUUUCUAAAACUUAACAGAGACAUUCUCUCUAUGCCUUUUAAAACCACAUGUGCUCCUUUUCAUCCUGUUUAAAAAGAACUAUUCAGAACUGUAGUGUGCAGAUGAGAUAUGUUGCCUGUCCCCGACACCACCACCACCUUUUUUCUUCUGUUUUACAUUAGUUUUGGUACUUUCUUCAACGCCCUGUCUGCCUCUGUAAUAUUUACUAAGUCCUUCUUCAUCCACGUCUCAUCAGAAGAUGUUUGCCCUUCGGGCUGCCUUGCUCAUGUUUAUGCCUCAGCCCUGGGUACAGGGCCAAUGCGCGAUAGGCAUUCAACCAAGUGUUUAUUGAACCGAAAAUGUCGUUGACUAGCUCUGUCUAGAGUGCCUACCUUGUGCAGCUCUCCGCUGGGAUCUUUUCAUUUGCUGCUUCUAUGUGAUAUGAAAAUUUGUGAAACCCGUGUUGCUGGAAGUGUGUAAUCCAAAUAAGCUCUGAAAGGUGGCCAAGGGCCUCUCAAAGCAUUUAAAACUAUCUCCUUUGUGACAGCUCCUUGUGGCUCAGAAGCUUUAUAUCUGUAGGAUCGUGGAGCCUAGGCAGUUCUGCUGGGAAAGACCCAAGAGGUCGUUUUUUGUUGGAUUUUCUUUCGGGGAGCUUCUUUUGUUUUGUGUAUUGAUUUUGUGUA